GAGGGGGGCAGCCACUCACACCCUUGGGCUCCAGUACGAUCAAUCAACCAAAGAAAAGAAGCAUCUUGGCGUCCGUCGGCGACGCAGGCGGCGGCGGCGAUCCAUGGACACGGGCGAGAUAUUCAACCCAGGUGAGCUGAGGCUGCGACUGCGAGGAGUGGAGGCGCUACUGCUAUUGGAACCACGACCACGGCGGCGGCCGCCCCAGGCAGUUCGUCCUCUUCGCCUCCGACGACAAAGAUCAACUGUGCAUACCAUGGGAGGUCUCAAGCCAGCUGAGAGAUAUGAUCCCCAACUCCGAGCCUAUCAAACUUGAAACUUCUGAUGGUCGCACGUACAGUGUUAAAUUCGUCAAGUUCGGCCGGAUAACUCUUACGACUGGGUGGCGGGGAUUUGUGGAUGCAAAUCACAUAGAAGAGAACAACCCCAUGUUGUUUGUGUACCAUGGGAAUUCAACCUUUAAUGUUCACUUAUUCAAUUCAUCCAGCCGUGACAAGUUUUUGCCCUGUUCUCAACCACCUUGUGAUCAUCAUGUGCCGAAUGAACAAGCGGUGCCUCAUCCUGGACAUGUUGAUAGCUCAGCCCACUUUGGCUAUACCAUGUUGCCCGGGAGCUUUUGUAACCAAAGAACAAGAUGGUAAAUUGCUAGAAUGGGCUCAUACCAUCAAGUCUGGAUUUCCUCUUUUUGUGGCAGCCAUGGACGAGAGCAAUGUCAGGUUGAACGACUGCCAUGUUUACAUACCACUGAGUCUUGUGCGCCAGUUCAAAGAGGAGGUUGUCAAGAUUGUAGCCCUUGACAAGAGUAUAUACGUUGUUGGAGCAAAGAAGCACAAUGAGGAUCAAAUCGUACUCCAAUCUGGGUGGGAUAGGUUUGUGACUUCUCAGCGCAUACAACAGAAUGACUUACUCAUUUUCAUAAUUGAGGGGGGAACUCGCCUCAAAGUUCUCGUCCUUGACCCAAGCGGUAGUGAGAAAACUUUUGCCAUGGGAAACUCUUCCAAUGCCCAAGAAAACCCACCACUACCGCCUACAGUUACUAACCUGAGUUCUGAGGACAAUGAAGUUGCUGACCUGAGUUCUGACGAUGAAGUUAUUGACCUGAGUUCUGACGAUGAAGUUAUUGACCUGAGUUGUGAUGAUGAUGAAGUUGUGGGAAAAGACACCACGACGUCAAGGAGGGAGCAGAGGCCGCUACAAAGUUGUCAUGCAAAAGCUGAAAAGAUGGCUUCAACGUCCUGCUCUUCUACUAAAUCAGGUCAUGGACACAAAGCUGGAAAGUCGAAUGAAGCCGGUUUAGAAGCUCCUGUGUCCAACAAGCCCUACAUAUUGCCCCAAUCUGGGAGGAGUCUAACUAAGCCACAGGAGGAGAAAGUUAAGGAGAAGGUCCAGGCGAUUGGAUCUAAAUUCCCUGUGUUUGUGAAGGUGAUGACGCCUCAUGAUGUUGGGAGGCCAGGGCCAACAAAGCUUUGUUUCUGCGUGGAGUAUGCUUCGGCGUGUCAUCUCCCGCUCAAAGAAACACCUCUCCUACUUAGGCUGGAGGGUAGCGAUAUCCAGUUCCCUGCCACACUGAGUGUCCUGAGAUAUAAUGGGGGGAGGCGGAUUUACGGAGGCUGGAGGGGCCUUGUCUCGCAGGCUGGCAUGGAGGCGGGAGACAUCUGCCUCGUCGAACUGGUAGACAGGAGCAGCGAGAGGCUCACGAUGACGGUCUAUCUGAUCUGCAAGUCGGAAAUGCAGCUCUAGUUAGUUUGUGUGCGGUCUGUAGUAUGAUGGCUUCAAACUCAGCUGAUCAUGCCUUCCCAUGACCUGAUGUUAAGCAAACUCUCUAGUAUGUAAUGCAAUAUGGGGAAACACUGAACCCUCCUUGACCCACCUGUACUGCUGCUGCUGCCUCUGCUGCUGAUGUUUGACCGUAGAGGAGUCACAACUCAUGUUUCUAUUCCCAGGUACUCUUCAGCAAAAAGUUCGUUGUUUUUCGCAAGCA